UUCCAGAGUAAGUUUCAAGGAGCAAGUGUAGUUUUGACUCAUUGAGCAUUGAAAUUUUUUUUAAAAAAUGAGACUUGAAAAGUUUCCAGUGGGCUGGAGAGACAUCUGGGUAACGGUAGUGCUAUACUGUUUAUUCAGAACGGUACACCUGUACAAUCUGGACUUGAAAAAUCCCGUCCAGUUUAAAGGGACAGGAGGAACAUAUUUUGGUUAUUCAGUAAUAUUGCACAGUGGUAAAGACAAAAAAUGGGUUGUGGUUGGAGCUCCAAAAGCAAAUUCCUCCGUCGAUAAAGUAACAGUAAAUCCUGGAGCUAUUUACAAAUGUGCAAUCAGCCAAGAUCCUGACGAGUGUGAAGAAAUCGUUUUCGAUAAUCUUGGGAGCAAAUGUGGGUUAGAUUGUGAAGAAGAAAAAGAUAACCAGUGGCUUGGUGUUAGUUUAACAAGGCAACCAACUAAAGAUGGUUACAUACUGGCUUGUGCACAUCGCUGGAAAAAUAUAUUCUACAUCAAAGAAGACAAAAGGCCACUUGGGCUGUGCUUUAAAAUUGGAAAUGACUUGCAGCCUUCUCAGGAUUCACCACUGAUACCAUGUUUUAAAGAAUCUCAACGGAUGAUGAGUUACGAAGCAUUAUGUCAGGCUGGAAUAUCUAGUUUAGUGACUGAGGAUUUGAUUGUAAUGGGAGCACCUGGAUUUAAUCAUUGGACUGGAACAGUUAUCGUCAAAAGUAAAAUGAUGGAUUCUUUCCUCUUUUUUAAAGAGUCUGAUGCUGAAGUUACUGAAGGAGGCUAUCUUGGUUAUGCAGUAACUGCAGGACACUUUAUUGACUCAAACAGCACUGAAAUUGUGGGAGGAGCACCCCAACAAGGAAUGAUUGGUCAUGUUUACAUCUUUAAACAAAAUGGAAUGACUUUGGACAUAAUUUUCAAAGCAAAGGGUAAAAAGAUUGGUACAUACUUUGGCUCAUCGCUUUGUGCGUUGGAUCUCAAUUCAGAUGGCCUCUCGGACUUGUUAGUGGGAGCACCCUUGUACAGUGUGGUCAGAGAAGAAGGCCGGGUCUAUGUUUAUUUGAACGAGGGAUCGGGCAAGAUGAAGGAGCUUGACACUGAACUGGUUGGAGGAAAUUCAUAUGCGGCAAGGUUUGGGGAAGCCAUCGUGGAUCUUGGAGACAUGGAUAAUGAUGGAUAUUCAGACAUAGCAAUAGGUGCUCCCCAAGAGGAUAAUCAACGAGGAGCGAUUUAUAUCUACAAUGGCAGAGAGACAGGGAUAUCCUUAACCUUUUCUCAAAAAAUCCUUGGGCGACAGAUAAGUAAUGAAUUACGUGCUUUUGGCUGCUCGAUAUCUGGAGGCAUUGAUGUAGAUGAUAAUGGUUACCCAGAUGUAGCAGUUGGUGCCUUUAUGUCAAAUACUGUGUUGUUGCUCAGAAGUAGACCUGUGGUGAAUGUUGAAGCCUUCCUCCAGUUGCCUCCUUCAGUCAACCAGACACAAAUGAAAUGCUUGGAGGGUGGGAAACCUGUUGUGUGCAUCAAUGUUACUGUCUGCUUUCGUAAUAAGGAUGAGAAGAUCCGUGGUUAUACAGUAUUACUGUACAACAUUCAUGCCGAUGUGCAUAGAAUGAUUGGGUUUCCUUCCAGAUUUAACUUUCUCCCUGACGACAGUUCAGGGGAGAUUAUGCUUUAUCAUACUACUACUAAUUGUAAGACACAUCAAGCAUUUAUGAGGGAAAAUAUCCGAGAUGUUAUCACACCGGUCUACUUUGAAGUGAUGUAUUCCCUGGGUAAUCACAUUGUAACGAAUGAAACCACAGAUGCUUUCCCUCCGCUUCAGCCUGUUAUGCAAAAGAAUAAAAAUGAAACUAGUGGAGCCAAAAAGAAGAUAUAUUUUGAACGGUUAUGUGCUUUUAAAGACUGUGCCGCUGACCUUCAAGUGUCGGGAAAACUGAUAAUGGAGGGGCACCAUGCAAACAAAUCUUAUCUGGCAGUUAAGGAGGUGAAGAGGAUCAUUCUGAAUAUAGAUCUGUUCAAUGCAGGAGAUGACGCAUACUCAAGCACUCUUAACGUUAAAAUGCCCAAGGGUAUAAGCUUUGUCAAAACAGUAGAAAUGGUGGAGAAAUAUGUAAUUUGUCAUGUGACUGAAGAAGAAAAUUCAACACUUCUGGAAUGCAGUGUUGGAAAUUUGUAUAUGGACUCUCAGUCAAAGAUGGAAUUACACUUUUUUCUUGAUACCAGCAAGCUUACCGCAAAAGGAGAAGACUUGAUCAUCACUAUUAAUACAACAUGUGAAAAUGAGCACAGUCUGGAUUUACUUCAUGAUAAUUUUGUCCCUCUUACUUUGCCCUUAAAAUAUGAGGUUGAUGUUGCAGUAGAAGGGUCAGUGUUUCCUUCCUCAUUUUUGUACGAGGGAACCAUAGGCGAUGAUUUAGGAACAUUUAAUUUCUUUGAUUCACCUUGCGCAUACAAGGAUAUCACAUAUUCAUUUCAUGUAGUCAACAGUGGGAAUAACAUGGCUCCUGAUAUUGAGCUGAACAUUGCACAGCCUAAUACAUUGGAAGGAAAUGACUUUGAGCUAUUUGAAAUUCUUCACAUAAAGGUGUUGGAUCAUAGCCAUGGAAAAUGUUACUUUGAGGAACAUUUGAAAAACUGUACGAACCUGCCUGAUGUAUCAGUACUCCAUCAAAUGUUUAACUUUGUCAACAAGUAUGGAACCAAAGAAUUGUCGUGCUCCAGCCAUGGAAUAUCCUGUGUAAACAUUAGAUGCCAGCUUGGAGAUAUUGAAAGUAGGGAACGUGCAUCGAUCCAUAUUAGUAUGAGACUCCGCUAUGUACUUCUGGCAUCAGAUACCGCUGCUUCGACUCUGUUUUUUACUACUGCUGUUGCAUCAUCAGGAAGCAAUCUUGAUAUUAUUCAUAAAGGAGAAAUUAAAUCAACUGUUACGAUGGAAGCAUAUUAUAAUUUUAAACCAAAAAUUAAAGUAUUAUUGGGAAUUAUUAUCAGCGGUUUCCUCUUGCUGGUGAUAUCAUUUCUUCAUAUCAUAGGCUUACUUUGGAAGUGUGGAUUCUUUAAAAGAAUACUGAAUGAUAGAAUUGAAGAUGUGAAAAGAAACCAGCAAGAAAAUUGUAAACUGAUCGAUUUAAGUGAUGACCAUCAAAUAGAGGAUGACUUUCAAAGAGACCAAGAAUAAUCUUUUAAUACUUUUAAUAAUGUAAAAU